AUGCUUAGAGUGAUACAACGUUUACAAGAAGAGAGUGAUAUACAAAGCAUUACUAUUAUUGAUCGAUUUUUGAAAGCACGUAAAUUGGAGUCCAAGCUGGUUGAAAUUCAAGUUCAACUGAUUGCUAUCAUGCGUAACAAUACAACUUAUUCAAUAAAUAAAACGGGAACUUCUAAUCCACAAUCACCGCAAAUCGAUCAAGAGUCUACCAAUCCAUUAAUUGAGCCUCGUCAAUUAGACGCUAAUCUUCAUGAAUUAUCCUUAAUUAGUCAGCGAAGUGUCUUGUUCACAUCCUUUAUUAACGAAAGAGCCAGUGAUGAAAUGGACAAUUUAGAAAGCAUUCAACAAACUGAAAAGGACCUCGUUAUGAAGGGCAAAGAUAACCGUUUCUAUGGCAGUAACGGUAUCUUACUCUCGUCCGGUCUAACAAAACGAGUAAAAGAAUUAAUGAGCUCCUAUUUAGUCAUUGAUGAAUAUCUAAUCAAAAAAAGUAUCGAUAAAGCUAUGAAAAUAGAUGAUUAUGAUCCUUCAAGUUCUCCAGUAUCAACUUGUGUUGAUGAUGUGUUUUUCAUUCUUAAGGCAGCCUUAAAACGUUGUAUUUCAACUUAUGAUCCUGAAGUAAUUUGUUCAACAGUAAAGACAGAGAUGAAGAUAUUAGAGAUAGGAUAUUUGAACCAGUUUCAACAAAGGAUGUCGACUAUCUUUACUUCCCAUGACACAUCAGGUCGUAAUUUAGAAAGGGCUAUUGAGCAGGCUAAAGUGAACUACAUGGUAGUUUUAAACAACUUGGAUGUUAGUGCAGAUUACAUGCAUCGUCUAAUAAAGGAAGUAGAAACUGAUAUUACAAAAGGUAUCUGGUUAAAUGAAGAUGAGGAUAUACAAAAGAUAUCAGAGACGAUGAAAGAAUUUGAGGAUUUUUCAGAUAAAUUUAAGCAGUUAUUACAGACUGGACUUCAGCAACUUAUCAAUCAAAUUUUGAAACCAAGAGUUAGACCUUUAUUCCAAGAAGCAUAUAAAGAAGUAAAAUAUGUUCUUGAAGAAGAUGAAUAUAAUGAAGCAGAUAUUGAUGAAAGAUUUAUAAAAAGGUUCUGUCGUGGAGUUGAAAAGCUUGUCCAGAUUUAUAAACAGACCUUGACAGAAAAUAAUUUCAAUACACUUAUGGAAUUAUUAGUUGAUAUAAUGACAGCACAAUGGGAAAGAAUAAUUUUACAAACUAGAUUUAAUCAAUAUGGUGCACUUAGAUUUGAUAAAGAUUUGAGAUCUAUUAUUCAUUAUUUAUCUACUUUAUCAGAAUGGUUAUCAAGAGACAAGUUUACCAGAUUAAAUCAAAUAGCUACAUUAUUGAACUUUGAAGAGCCAACUGAAAUUUAUGAUUUUUGGGGAAAUAAAACAGGUUCGAUAAGCUGGCGUUUAACAGUAACAGAAGUUAAAAAAGUAUUGGCUUUAAGAUUAGACUUUGAUGCAGAUGAAGUUGCGAAUUUAUUACCAAAAAGUAAUUAA